AUGGAACUCUACAAAUCCUUUCUUCUCUUCUGCUUCCUAGCCCUCGUAGCCCUCCAGCAGCCGGUCACUGCUCUUCCAAUCCCUCGACCUCGACUAGCUGCGCCUGCUCCAAAAUUAGAGCUCCCACAGAGAUGUCCUAUUCACGGCAGCAGUGAACUCUAUGGACUUGGAGUUCGUCUCGGCCUCUACCUUCAAUGGCUUUCAACCAUGCUCCUUCGUUACCGUAGGAGCUGGGGACGUAAAAGCACCGUACGCGGCAUAACAAACCUUACCUGCGUCUCUCUGUUCGUAAGCCUUGUCACAAACCUCGCCAAUGGUACUAGCCUAUCGAUCGACCACCUCAUUGUGUACUACCUCACAGUCGUCAUGUUCUACGCGGAAUCAUACACCUGGGAUCGAAUAUUUUCUGAAGAAAAUGUUUACGUUUCCGCCGUUGACAGAGCACGGCUCUAUCGUGAGCACGGUUGUAAGAGUAUACUGGUGCCCGGCGACCUCGGAAUCGAAGAGGAGAAGGAGAUGGGACUACGUUUGAGGGCAGACUUUCCCCUCGUCUUUCAGAACGGUCUGUCGGUCGCGCAAUCGGUAUUGGCAACUUGGUUUUGGGUAACCGGCCUCAAUUCCAUUCCCGGCUUUCCUUGCAUGACUCUGGAAGCCGCCGCCAUCCUAGGGGUAUUUCCCCUUCGCGCCUACCAUUGGCAACGAUUUGCAACAUUUGCUGCCGUUGCAUCCUCGGCUAUCUUCUCGCUCCUCCUCUACAUCCACGUACAAGAUAUAGUACGUGGAUACAAAAGCACCCCGGCGGCAACAGUCGUUACGCUGCGAAUCGGAGAGCAUAGGGGCUCGAUAAACCCUACGCGAUUCUCCAUUCUAAAGGCCGUAUUCCGGCCAGAACCUCCCAAGCCCAACGCUUCUGCCGCCUACGACCUCAAUUGGGCAUUUAGGUCGCUGUACCAAUCCGCCCACUACUUACUGGUUUACUUCAGCGGGCCAUUGGUGGCCCUGCUGUCCGUCGAACGGAUGAUUGCCAACAAUGGCAUCAUAACAACACCGAUUCUGGCCAGUACGGCCCAAAUACUAAUUCUCUCAAGUGGACUGCUCGCCGUUAUGAUAACGGCGUGGGACGUUCUAGCGCAAAAGUUGCGCUAUGAACAUGGAACGAAUGUCCUAAAGGGAAGGGCCACGGCAUGUGGCCCUCCCUUCCCUGUAUUACAGAUGCAGGGCGUGUAG